CUCAGCUGACUGUUAUCUGAAUAUUGUGCUUAAUAUCGGCACGCUAUUUAGCAUUCCUGUAGUCAACAUUGGUUGCACCGCCAUUAAAAUUGUGCUUGCAAUUUGUAAAACAAUCGACUGCACUUUUAUGAAGGAUAAAUAUUUUCCAAUUGAUUCCAAUCAUAACAAGAUGAAUGUGCAUCAUACGGAGGCGGCGGCGCCCUUGUUGCAGCGCUGAGAUGAUCGUCGCCCCUCCGUCGUCGGCGCCGCUGCGUUUUGCUUCUUCCUCCCACCCACCCAGCAUCUCUCAGUGAAUUAAAAUUCUCGCGGCCAGUCAGUCUCAGUGGCUCGAGAGCCUUGGUGCUUGUCAGGCGAAUCGGCCAUGCAGGUGCUCUCCGCGCGCCCGACCGCCUCCUGGCUCGACCUUAUCCUGACCUGAAACCUCCGGCUGUUCAAUAUAAGUACCCUUCGAAAACGAAAAAACAUGGGUGCGAGCACCGACUUUUUGGACUCGACUCCCGGCAUGGAGUUGAUGACCAGGUCCAGUCUGCACUCCAUGCGCAACCCCAGCCAGGUGUCCAUCUUCCUCAGGGAGACCCUGACGCAGGAGGUGGACGAACGAAACUGGUCUUGGAGUAAUCUCAGGCGCCAGUUCCGCGUCAAAGGGCUCGAGGAGCUGUACGUUCACUACCAGAGGAGAUUGCAGCACGCGUACUUCGCGGUCUUCCUGCUGCUCCAGAUCAUCUGCACUUGCAGCCAAAUUGCAGUCGUUACAUCCACCACGGAGGCAAGCAUGGUCGACGUGAUGACCUACUCAAUCUUGCUGUUGCUGUGCCUGCCGCUGUUUUUCCUCGCGUGCACCGAGCGCCUGAUGCCGACCAGGGGCAGUUCGCCCUGGCGACCUGCCUUCAUCUCGGCCAUGGUGCUGGCCGCCCUGCUGGCCGCCGACCUGGGCCCUGUCGUCUACCACUAUCAAGACGAGGAGCAACUGCGGCUACGGCCCUUGUACGGCGCCCACGUCAUUCUCGCCUGCUACAUUUUCCUGCCGGCGCCCACUGGCUCGGUGGCCGUUGGCUUUGGCCUCUUCACCAUGUGCGCCCACGUGGCCUGCAUGGCCCUUGUCUCCUAUGAACCUGGCCACCCGCGAUACGUCGCCAGGAUUUUCGGUGAGGUCCUCUUCCUACUCGCCGUGAAUGGACUAGGAAUGUACUUCCGCCUCGUGAGCGAGGUGAUUUUACGCAGAACCUUUUUGGACAGACGGGCCUGUAUGGAAUCCACGUACAAACUGAAUUACGAAAAGGAGCAAGAGGAGCAACUGAUGUUGAGUAUUCUGCCCAGGCACAUCGCGACGCAGGUCAAGGAUGACAUUCGCAGCAUAUUCCAGCAGCUGCAGACCUACCGAAACACGCCUCUGAGGAAAAAACCCUUCAAUCAGCUGUACGUGCAGAAACACGAGAACGUGAGCAUUUUGUACGCGGACGUGGUCGAGUUCGCCAAACUGACGGUCACCCUUCCGGUCAACAAGUUGGUCGAGACGCUGAACGAACUGUUUGGCCGCUUCGACGAAGCAUCCGAGGAGCAUAACGUGCUGAGAAUUAAGUUCCUAGGGGAUUGCUACUAUUGUGUGGCGGGAGUGCCUACCCCUAAUCCCCAACACGCCAAGAGCUGUGUCGAGCUCGGCCUCGACAUGAUCGCCAUCAUCAGAGAAGUCAGAGAGGAGCGAAGACUUAACAUCGACAUGCGAAUCGGCAUCCACACCGGCAACAUCCUGAGCGGCCUCUUGGGCGUUUGCAAGUGGCAGUUCGACGUCUGGUCCAAGGACGUCAUGAUUGCCAAUCGAAUGGAGCAAACUGGCAAACCAGGGAAAGUUCACAUUACGGAGCAAACCAGGCGACACUUGGGAAAUGAGUACGAGUACGAGUCAGGCUUUGGAGAUCAAAAAGAUCCGCUCUUAGCCAAGUACAACAUCAAGACUCACUUGAUCAGCCCGCCAGAAAGGAUUGUGGAGAUGCACCAAGAACGCGUCUUCAUCAGGCAGCAGCACCAGAGCAGAAGGUCGAGCUCGCUGAUCAAUAAAAUGCACGAUCAAUACAAGUCUGGAAGUCUUUUGGUCCCGCGGCCGUCGCAUUCGCGCAGUCAGAUGCGCCGCUCCACAGGCGGCAGCGACUACAUCAACGGAAACUCGUCGCCCGUCCGUCGCAGAACGGUUUUUAUGGACAGCAAUUUGUAUGUUUACCAGCAAAUGCUGAAGAGAACAGACGCCCACAUGGCCGACGCCAUCGAUAAAAUGCCACUGCGGAAAGUAGAUCAGUGGUUCCGAGCAGAAAAAAUCCACCCGCUCCUCCUGAAAUUUGAAAACUUCCGAUGGGAACUGCCAUUUUUAAAACAGGCUGACCCUCUGUUCAAAUUUUACCUGAGCUGCUCUCUAUUCCUCCUGCUAUGCAUGCUUGGACUCCAAGCUCUCGCCUUUCCCAGCGCACCCUUGCUGUCAUGGAUAGCGUUUCUCAUUGGAAGCGGCUUCUUGCUAAUUCUCGCGCCGUCCUCUUGGGCGUGCUACAUUUGGCACCGGUACCGCGACCCGCACAACGAGCUGGACAGAACCCCACCACCUGAAAACGGUGUCGCCCUGGCGUUGUACCAGUUGGCGCAAAAAAUGGCGCAGAGUGUCUCUCUCAGGAGCUCUUUGUACCUGAUGGUCACCCUGACCCUCGCAGUAUGCGCCUUAUCCAACACUCUGGUAACUUGUGAAGAUGUCCAGGAUGAAACUAAUUCAAAUUUGACAGAUUCAAAAAAAUAUCCGCAGUUAAGAGGCAAUUGUGAGAUUCCAUGGCAUGUCACACAAGCCUGCAGUUUGGCGCUUUUGUGCGCCCUCGUAUUUCUGAGAACCCACUUUUUACUGAAGCUGCUGACCAACCUAGCCCUGUUGUCUUUUUACUCUUGGUAUGUGUGGACAGCAAAUGCUGAACUUUAUAUGGAUGGCGCAAGCACAAAUCCCAAUCUUGACCCGCGCUGGUCGCACAUCAUGAUGGUCUCCUUUCUGGCCUUCUGCGUGCACUUUGUGGACCGACAGGCCGACUACAUGAACCGGCUGGACUUCUGUUGGAAAAGACAGCUUCUGGAGGAGCAAGACGAGGCCAGCACGACCAGAACAGUCAACAAAAUGUUGCUGAGAAACAUUCUACCUAAUCAUGUUGCUGAAGUGUACUUGGACAUGAACCGGCCGCACGAUGAGCUGUUCCACGAGGAGUACGAGUACGUGGCCGUCAUGUUCGCGUCGCUCGCCGGAUACUCUUUGCACGAUGACGAAGCAGGCGCCGAGGAGGACGGACUGCAAGAUGACGGCAUCGGAGGACUCAAACUCCUCAACGAGAUCAUCACCGACUUUGACAAACUCCUUUUUGAUAGCGAAUUUCAUCGUGUUGAGAAAAUUAAAGUCGCCGGCUACACGUACAUGGCAGCGUGUGGUUUGGAGCCGGGUCGAAGGGACUCGGCGGCCUCGUACGCCUCCUCGAGAUCAUCUAAUUGCUCGGUCCAGCAGACCUUGGACCACACGGUCGUCCUCACUAAGUUCGCUGCCAGAAUGAUGGCUGUUCUCAAAGCUCUUAAUAAAGACGCGUUUCAAACGUUUAAUCUCAGAGUUGGCAUUUGUCACGGAAAAGUAAUGGCUGGGGUCGUUGGAGAAAAAAAGCCUCUAUACGACAUUUGGGGCGACACGGUGAACAUGGCGUCGCGAAUGGACUCGACUGGAUUGCCUGGAAGAAUUCAGAUUCUAGAGCAAACUGCGACUUUGUUGGAGUCUCAAGGCGUCAAGUGCGAGGCGCGGGGAAUGACUUAUGUGAAGGGCAAGGGUGAUGUGCAAACGUACUUUGUGUCGGUGGGCUCAGAUCUCCAUUUAAUUCCGAAAGAAAUUGCGCCUCGUAAAAAUGAUGAACUCGGUAUGGACGACAGUGAUUUCGAAGAGACAAGUCUGUGAUUGUAAAUGAAAAGCCGUGAGAAAAAUUGCAUUUAUUUUGGAGUAAUAUUUUGAAGCACAUGCAGUGAUAAUAAUUUCUUAAUAAAUUAACUUAAUAACAAAAACGUGUAAUUAUUAUAAUGAUAUUCAAAUGUAA